GAAGCAAUCACAAUAGACGUCUGUUGACUGUCUGACAGUAAAUCAAGGUGUGUGCAUGUGUAGCAGUUGACCAGUUGAGGACUUAAUUACCUUUAGGUCUUACUGAAGUAAGUUAUUCUCAUUCAUAGAUAGUAGAUGUCUUAAUUUCAGUAGCAUUUCCGUUGAGGCCUUGAUUGAGCCACGUCUCACUGACGCAUGCAUGGCGAUGACCUUCAACUUCAACGCAUUGUUACUGUAACACACAUGUUACUACACAUGUCAGAAACAACAGCCUUCUGUUUAAAUCAGCUUUGAGUCCAGUGACGUCACCCAGUGUCGUCUGCAAUGGGCACUGGCAUAUGAAUUGUCAUUGUAACAAUCACUAGUGACACCUACUUAUCACAGUGGCGUGUACAUAACAGGCCAUGUAUGUAGCCAUUGUACGUGAUCUAUCAAUGAUAUAAUUAAUGUAUAUCAGUAAGGUAUUUUUCUGGAGUAUAAACAGAGAUUAACGCCGCCAUAUUGUCGCUGUGUAUUUCUGCAGUCUCAUCUUCACGUGGAAGGUUUUUUUAAUCCACCACAUAGAAGGAAUGAAGGACAGCUUAACUUGUUCCAAGGACGAUUUUUUCCUUCCGUCUAUCUGUCACUCAGUGCAUGAUCUGACUAAAAGUAAACAUGCCUCCCCGCGGAAGUCUAAAAGCACUGACGAAUCACUCCUGCCAUCAUCCAGGAUGUUUAACAACGGCAAGAAGCUGUAUUCAUCCGCGCCGACUUCCGAGACCAGCACUCCUUUUAAACUUCCCAGCAUUCAACGCGCCAAGAGCAACAGUGUGUCCAGCCUCGCUACGGGCAAUGCUACAGGGACAGACGAUGACAUCAUCGACCAGAGAGCAGACUUGACACGUUCGCCCAGUUGCCCUUCCUUGAUGGACGCCGGCUCGCACGCGGAGAAUCUAGAUACGCAGCUAUCGCCAAGGAGUCUUUAUGCCAAAACAACAUGGCGGAUCGGAGCUGUCCCAGCUGGUCUCAAGCUGCCAAACAUCUUUCAGCAACGUGACGUCACUACAGCUAGUACGACGUCCAACUUCUCGCCUCGGGUUCUGCAAACUUCGCGAGAUCUGAACAUGGACUCGCCUCGAGCAAUGCGAAGACAACUCCAAAUGAAAGAAAACGCCAAAGAGCCCCAGAGAUCGCAUCAGAAUUAUGCCCUCUUGUUGCCUUUAGCAACCACUUCGAAACCUCCAUCCCAUUUCAAUGAGGGUAAAAGAAAAACUCAUAAGAAAAAUGGUAAGCUUGGCCGCAACGAUACCAGAGAGGUGACCCACAUAUUGAAAGACAGGCUAGCCCAGGAUCGACUGGACCAUACAACGGUACAGGAAGUCGAGGAAGCAGUGUAUGACUUCUCGCAUGACUGAACUUACUGAAAGAGAGGCCAUGUCGGAUUCUGCCCCGAGGAUAUUGUCCUGUUUAUUAAUUGUGAAUAUAUUGACCAACAACUUGGGUUUUCCCUUUUCAAAUUUUUUCUUUAAAAUGAGAACAUUGAACAUUGCCCACUCCAAAGGUUACUUUGUCUGGCUGUUAACUUUUACGAGCUACAGAUCAUGAAGUGGUCAAAACAAGAUGAGCUGGGUCGUUAAAUAAGAAGUGACUUUACAGUAUUCAAUUUGAAUUUCAAGUUGGUCUCUCUACCAACAAAGUUGAGUGGAAAGGAGGGGGUGGAGGCAGGAGCGUAGCUAGGAAUUUUCCAUUGUUUGGGGACCCGGGGGGGCUUGAAAUCUUUGGGGGCCCCUGCAUUUUACGUAAUAUUUACUUUUUAAUGUUAAAAACAUAAAUUUGAGGGCCCACACCAAGCGGGGCCCUGGGGAGUUUUUAACUUCUCCCCCACCUCCCCCCAACCUAGCUACGCCACUGCACGGUGGAGGUUGUUGAAUAGAAGCCUUAACCAAGGUAUCAACUGCCCCCCCCCCUUUUUUUCUCUGUAUAUAUUGUAUUUAUAAAAAAAAAACGCAACUUAAAUAGAUAUGGGUGUUUAAUAAUGAGUAUCACUUAUAGGGUUACAUUGAUAGAGUUAGAUCAUAUAAUAAUUGUAAUAAUAAUAUUUGUUAUCCAUAAGGAAAUUAGUCUUACAAUCUGUGCACAUAGUCUUCUUUGGUAGCCGCACAGCGACCUAUGAUUGUCUUGACAUUGUCACUGGUCGAAUCUCCAGAAGACGGAAGUACAGACCGUCAAACGCGACCCGUCAUUGGCAUACACUGCCAUACAGGAUCUAUCUUCAACCCGUUAUUUAAAACUAUGCAACUACAUGUUAACCGCAGAAACUUUUGUAGCUAGCUUGAACAAAAGAAAGGGAGAGAAUAGUCCUGAUGGUGGCUGUGGUAUUGUUGACACUGCAUGUAAGAUGUAUCUACUAGUUGGACUAACUGUAUUUUUGGAUUUCAAAAUUGCAAAAAUUAUCUUAGUAAAUAAAAGAAAUUAUAAUAUUCUUUUAUUGAAAACGCCUAAUAUACAAAAAAACUACCGUUAUAAUCAAGUCAUUAUUUAUUGCUCAUAUAAACAGACUUUCGUUAUUUAUCUUGAACACAUGUGUUUUAUGAUAGUGUUACCAUAGUAUGUGUAGAUACAAAGUUAAGGUAUUAAUAGUUACCACGGUAUUAUUAAACUUUUAUUUUUUUAUUUGCAAAGAUUCAGGCACAUAAAAUCUGACAUAUAACAAACUAAAGCAGAAAGCUACCGUCAGCAGUAAAUAAGUGAUUCCAAAAUAUCAGGCUGCAAUCAUUAAUUUUACCCUUUUAUCGAUGUUUUAUUUCAGAUUUU